CCACCCAGAGCAGCUCAUCCAUACACUGACACUUCUUCAGAAAACGUACCAGAGAGAGGCUCCACAUAUCACGUUUACAGAUAAGAUCUACACAUUUAUUUAUUGAUUUAUUUUUGUUUUCUUCCCUCCUUUUUAUUUCUGAAGUUUUGACCGACGGUUUUUCACACAAAUGGGAACCAAGUGGCUCAUUAUAUGGAGCGUUGCGAUCACUUUAUUUCAGGUCUCAGCAGUCGGUUCUGCAGAGGAGUCAUCAUGUGUACCUGGUUUUGAGUCCAAGUUGUUGAUCUUGAAUGUGACCAAAAAGCACCUGAGACACGGCACAAUACUGGGCAAAGUUGGCUUCACUGACUGCACAGGUCGCACCAGAUUCCCUUUCAGCUCUGAUGACAACCGUUUCCUGGUCCGGCCAGAUGGGAUUUUAAUGGUGAAGAGACGGGUCGUUCUUCAGGAGGGGAACCAAAGCUUCUCUGUCCACUCCCUGAAUGCACGAGGUCAGAAUCUGAGUCUUCCUGUCAUGGUUUUGUACCGACGGAUUCACCACAGGAACGACGAGUCACUCGAUCACAAUGAAAUAAGUUCCACCGGUCACAUAAAGGUUCCCAUUCUGUAUUUCCCAGAAUCGAAUCCAGGACUGAAGAGGAUAAAGAGAGCCUGGUCUAUCCCUCCCAUUAGUUUUGCUGAGAAUAGCAGAGGACCAUAUCCCUAUUCUCUUGCUCAGAUUCGCUCUGAUGAAGAUAAAGUGAAGAAGAUCAUUUACAGCAUCACUGGUCCUGGAGCUGAUCAGCCUCCUGUUGGUCUUUUCACCAUGGAUAGAGACACUGGUCAUCUGUAUGUCACACAAGGACUGGACAGAGAAACAGGACAAUACAUGCUUCAAGCUCUUGCCAAGACACAGGCUGGUACAAAUGCAGAGGCUCCUACGGAUAUUGUAAUCAAUGUAAUUGACCAGAAUGACCAAAAACCUGUUUUCAAUCAAUCUACCUAUAAUGGAGAAGUUCCAGAGACCGCGAAAAAAGGUUUUGAGGUGAUUAAGGUUUUGGCCACAGAUGCUGAUCAGCCAAAUACUGACAACUCUGAUAUCAGGUACCGUAUAAUGAGUCAGACUCCAGAGGAGCCCAGUCCCAACAUGUUUAACAUCAACCCAAUAACUGGACUCAUCAUCCUCAACCAAGCUGGACUGGACCGAGAGAAAAAUUCUCUGUACACACUGGAUGUUCAGGUAGCUGACAUGAAAGGAGAAGGUUUGACUGGAUUUACCAAAGUGUUUAUCAAAGUGAUGGACAGCAACGAUCACGCUCCAGUCUUUACGGAGGCCUCUUACACGGCCACAGUUGAAGAGAAUAAAGUAGACGCUCUAGUUGUUAAGAUGUUGGUGACAGACGGUGAUGAGCCUCAAAGCCCAGCCUGGAAUGCAAAGUUCAAGAUCAUUGAUGGAAAUAAAGAAAAUCUGUUUACUGUGGAAACAGGAACAAACAAACAAGAAGGAAUCAUCACUACUGCUAAGGGUCUGGACUUUGAGAGAGUCAGUAAGCACACUCUGCUGGUCACCGUGGUGAAUGAGGAACCUUUCGCUGUUUCAUUGAUCACUUCCACUGCUACAGUGGUGGUGACUGUGGAGGAUGUCAAUGAACCUCCCAUCUUUGCUCCAAAAGAGGAACGGGUUUCUAAACCUGAGGAUCUUGCUGUGAACAGCACUGUGGUGCGGUACACAGCUUCUGAUCCAGACAUUGGACGCAAACAGAAAGUCAUGUAUAAAAUACUCAAAGACCCAGCUGGCUGGCUUCACGUUGAGAGGGACACUGGUGUGAUAAAAGUGAGAAAAGACAUGGACAGAGAAUCUCUAUUUAUCAAAGAGGAGAAAUACACAGUCCUGAUUGGUGCAUAUGAUGAUGAUCAGAACCCAGCUACCGGAACCGGAACUUUGAUUAUCAAGCUUGAAGAUGUGAACGAUAACGCCCCCAGCAUUGUUGAGCGUGAAUUUGAGAUGUGUAACAAGAAACCAAUUCCUCAUGUACUGAAUGUAAUGGAUAAAGAUGGAACAAAGUUUACUUUUCCAUAUGCUGUCAGCCUGCGGGAGGCUUCAAAGGCUAACUGGACCGUUGAGAUGAACGCGUCUGGCACAGGCAUUAUCGUGAGAUUAAAGCCUAAGAUUGCAGAAGGAACCUACAAAGUGGCCAUGAGUGUUUCAGACAACCAGGGUCUGUCACAGGUCAGCACGGUCACAGCUAAAGUGUGCGACUGCACUGGAACACCAAUCUGCAAGAGAGGAGAAGCAAAAGUUGCCAGCUCCAGUUCUUGGGUCAUUGCUGGAGUUCUUUUAUUGGUGCUGCUGGGAACUGUGAUUGCCUUGAUGAUGUAUUUAAAGAUGAAAGGAAGAAAUGAAGAUGGAGUAAAAGAUGAAAGAAGUGAAGAUGAUGACAGGGAUGAGCUUAUUUUUUCUAAUGAAGAGGGAGGUGGAGAGAGCAUUCAGCAGGAUUAUAAUCAGAGCAUUCUCCACUUUGCUCUGACCAACAAGUCUGACAUGUCCAAGACCAUCAUGGCUCCUCCUCUUGAAAGCAGCCCCCAGUACCGACCUCGGCCCACCAACCCAGAUGAGAUCAGGGACUUUAUCGACCAUAACCUGAAGGUGGCGGAUACAGACCUCACUGCUCCCCCCUACGACUGCCUGCUGGUGUUCGAUCUGGAAGGAGACGGUUCUGAGGCAGAAAAACUCUCGUCUGUCUCCUCCAGCGACGGAGACCAGGACUACGAUUCCCUCAGAGAGUACGGCCCUCGCUUCAAGAAACUGGCCGACAUGUACGGAGGAGGAGAUGAUGAUGACAUGAUGUAAAUGAACCCACACUGUGAGAAAAAUGCCUGCAUGCAUGCAGUCCAACUGUGACAAUGUGUGAAAUACAUAAUCUGUGUGACAAUAUGUGAAAUCAGUCGUAUUUUUCCUCUUUUAGCUGUUCUUCAUUCGGAUCUUCAGGUUAAACCUCACAUUAGUUUUAGUUCUUCAUUUAUGAUUCUGUUCUUUGUUAGACAUGCAAACUUGAAAGCUCAGUUGUGGAGAAUGUAACCAAUAUAGUAAGUACUAUGUAUCUUUUUUUAUCAUUAUUUGUUAUUAAUCUUUCCAUCAGUGUUUAUUUUUUCAAUACAUUAGAUCCAUGCGACGUUCUUCAGCCAUUGUGUCAUUAGCAAGAGUUGAUGAGAUUGUUUUUGUUUGUUUUGCACAAAAAAAGAUGUCUGCAAUAUUUGAAGAUAAGACAAAUGCUUUUUAAUAUUAAAUUCUUUAUGUCUUUAU